AUGGCCAGAUCGGAUGCAUUACAAAAUUUCUUACAACCAUUAAGGAUUGAGGUGGAAAGGCUCUACCGUCUAUCCUACCGUCUUUCUAAUACAUAUCGUGCACUGGCAGCGGAUUCCUCAGAGCAGUUCUUCCCCACUGCCACCACACGUUUGCCCACUGGGCACGAAAAGGGGCGCUAUCUAGCAGUCUAUCUCGGCUUAUUCUAUCUUCGGGUGGCAUUUAUUGACUUACUUGGCGAAGAACAAGUAGAGAAACACUCGCAUGUUCGACGUACGUUAGAGAAAGCAUGGCCAAUUGAAAAUCGCCUUCGCCAAGACAAGGCCGACUCUUUAUUUUCCUGGAUUGGAGAUUGUAUUGCGGAGGUCAUUCAUGAUGACUUGGCCAACUCCAAGGACGAUGCGCCGUCCGAGAUCACAAUGGGCAUCUCAUUCUGUUUCCCGAUCAAACAAAAGCUUCUGAAUGAGGCGAUUCUCAUGCCUACUGGGAAAGGAUUCACGUUGAAAACCUCUCUUAAUCUUCGCCAGGCACUGCUUGAUGGAUACGAGUGCCAUACCAGACGCUCCGGCGAGGAUCCUGCUGAAAUGCCCGCAAAGCGCCAGAAGAAAUACUGUCUGCCUAAACUCAAAAUCACCGUCAUGACUAACGAUACCAUUGCCACAUUUGCAUCUCUGGCGUAUUCAAUCCGCACUCUACCCAACACCCGGGUCGUCAUGGGUCUUAUUGUAGGCGCGGGCUGCAAUUCAGCCGUGCCUAUGAAAUUGACUGAUCUCCAGAACGCGAAGAUUCAACACAUUCGCGAAAAAGACCCCGAUGCCGAGGAGACUAUCGUGUCUACUGAAUGGACGCUACGGGGUGCAAGCGAACCAUUGGACGAGUUGAAGAUCAUGAAUAAAUGGGAUGCCGAACUCGAAGCGCACUCCAACCGCCCUGGAUUCCAGCCCCUGGAAUACAUGGUCGGAGGUCGAUAUAUCGGCGAACUAGUACGCAUUAUCUGCUACGAUUGGUUCCAUAGAACGAAGGCAGUGCCCCGGGCUUCGCUGCCUACAAAGCUAGUUGAAGAGUAUACCUUGACCACAGAUUUCCUGUCACUAGUGGUGGCACCGAGCUAUUCUGAUGAGGCACUUGCGAAGGAACUGUCACAGAAACUUCCGGCCCCAGAAUCCAGCGACUGGGAAUGGACGUCCGAAUAUGCAGGGCAUCUUCGAUCUAUAGCAGCCGCUGUACAGGAUCGAUCUGCAGCUUUGAUUGCAGCUGCAACAGUCGGGCUACUUGCUUGCACGCGCGAGAUUCAGUUGCAGGAUACCGAAUCCCCAGACUCACCAGCAGCAGACACCUCGGAUAAAGCACAGCAGACGGCCAAUCAGGAAAAUCAGCCUCCAGAAUUUGGAUCCUCAACAUCAGGUUGGCAGAAUGGACCCGAAGAGCUGGUGGUUGCGGUGUCUGGUGGUGUAAUACAGCACUAUCCGCUCUAUAAACAGACCAUUCAACGAUAUAUUGAUCGACUUAUAAUCAGUGCUGGGCCACAAAGCGAAGGAAAGAGCAUUUUUCUUCGCGAAGCUAGCGAUGGUGGCAUUAUAGGUGUGGGUGUUCUUGCGGGUACUAUCGCAGGGGAGAUCAAGGGAAUUAUUGGCUCUACUAUGGAAGAACAACAGAAAUUUGAAGAAAAUCUACGAGAAAGCUGCAAGGACAUCACGAAUGUCCGCUGA